GCAUAAGGCCCUGAGUUCAACCCCCAGCACCAUCAAGAGAAAACACACACACACACACACACAUUGGAGAAAAGCCUGUGUCUGCAGCAUCAGCAUGGAUUCCCCAAAUUAUUCUCAGCCGGAGGAUUUGUAGCAGUGGUAGGUGUAUAUUACCUUCAACUAGUGAGAUGGCUUCUGUGCAGAAGAAAAAACUGCAAACAAGGAUCCUCAGCUUUGAAGAAGAGGAGAAAUUGAAAAGAGACCAAGUUCUGGUAUCUGAUUUUAAACAGAAAAAACUGGAAAAAGAAGCUCAGAAGAACUGGGACCUUUUUUACAAAAGAAAUAGUACCAAUUUUUUCAAAGAUAGACACUGGACUACCAGAGAGUUUGAGGAGCUAAGAUCGUGUAGGGAGUAUGAAGGUCAGAAAUUGACUAUACUUGAAGCUGGUUGUGGUGUUGGAAACUGUUUGUACCCACUUUUAGAAGAAGACUUAAAUAUCUUUGCCUAUGCCUGUGAUUUCUCUCCAAGAGCAGUUGAAUAUGUUAAGCAAAAUCCGUUGUAUAACACAGAGAGAUGCAAGGUUUUCCAGUGUGAUCUCACUAAAGACGAUCUUCUGGAGCAUUUGCCACCUGGAUCUAUAGAUGUUGUCAUGUUGAUAUUUGUGCUCUCAGCCAUUCACCCUGAGAAGAUGCACCUUGUUUUACAAAACAUUUAUAAGGUACUGAAACCAGGCAAAAGUGUCUUGUUCCGAGACUACGGGCUAUAUGAUCAUGCCAUGCUUAGGUUUAAAGCUGGCAGCAAACUAGGAGAAAACUUUUAUGUUCGACAAGAUGGAACCAGAUCUUAUUUUUUUACUGAUGAGUUCCUGGCUCAGCUCUUUGUGGACGCAGGCUAUGAGGAAAUGGUGAACGAGUAUGUGUUUCGAGAGACAGUGAAUAAGAAAGAAGGCCUGUGUGUGCCAAGAGUUUUCCUUCAGAGCAAAUUCCGGAAGCCUCUAAAAGAACGAACCCUGUGACCUGUGCCCAGAACACCAGCUGGCAGCCGUGCCUCCCCUUGGAAGACUUUCAAAUCACUUUGUAGUUGGUAUAUUUGUAUAUUUUGAUUUUUUAAAAAAUAAACAUGUAUAAGUUUUGUAUGACAAAGGAA